AAAAUGGGUUGUUCAGUCUAAAAAUAAACAGAAAAUAAGCAUAAGCAAAGAAAUCUCGAAAUAAAUCUUUAAAGGCAAAUAGAAGAAUCAAUAUAAAAAUAAUAGUAGUGUAAUUUCUUAAUUAUUUAAAAGAAUGAUAAGAAACUUUAGGAGGAGAUCAAGAAGAACUAUCAAUUUAUGAUAAAUCAUUAGAGAAAUAAGUAAAAGUUCCAAAAUUAAGGCAACCAAGUAAGUAUUAUUAUAUAAUAUUAAAGUUUACAAUACUAUAGUUUAAAGAAGAAGAAUAUAAAAAUAUGAUGACAUAGUAAAGUGAAAUUACAAUUCUAAUGAUUUAUUAUUUGUAUUAUCAUCUUUUAUUAUAAGCACUAUCCUAAUAAAUAUUAAUUCAGUGUUUAUUAAUAAAAUUCUAAAGAUUAAUUGAUAAUAAUUUGAUGUUCUAAGCUUAAAAAGUUUAUUUAAAUUAUGACUCUAAACUAGUUCAUAUUGAUUAAAAAGAGUAAUACUGA